AUUUUGCUGCUUUGUUAAAAAACCUUUUGUCCUCAUUUUUUGUUUUCCUUUGUAGAAACAAGUCAGGAAAAUUCAAUUUGAUCAAAACCUUUUCUCUUCCUCUUUCUUCUUCAUAAGAAAACUAAUUGCAUUAGUCUCUCUAACAAUCGCCCGAAGAAGGAAGAGGCUAGGGCAUCCAUUUUUUUUUUCUAUAUAUAUUAAUAUUUAAUUUUACAAGAAACCUUAAAAAGAUCAGUGGGCGGCAAAAAUGUCAAUCGGAGGGAGGAGUAAAGUGAAGUUCAUGUGCAGUUUCGGCGGCAAAAUCCUCCCUCGACCCUCCGACGGCCUUCUCAAAUACGUCGGCGGCGAAACUCGCGUCAUCGCCGUCUCUCAAGACAUCACCUUCGUCGAACUCACCAAGAAGCUCACGGAGAUGACAGAGAGCGACAUGGUGCUCAAAUACCAAAUCAUCCCAGAAGAUCUCGACGCGUUGGUCUCGGUAAAGUCGGACGAAGAUCUGAAACACAUGAUGGACGAAUACAAGCGUCACCAGGAGACUCCGAAGCUCAGAACCUUCUUGUUUCCAGCGGUUCAAUUAGGUUCUCCUAUCGAGCCACAGACGAUAGAGCAGCGCUACAUCGAAGCCAUCAACGGCAUUCUUCGCAAGAGCGCUCCAAUAAAAACACGGCCUUCUUUCACCCUCUCUGCUUCCUCCUCUCCCAAAUCUGAAUCGUCACCAGAUGGGUACGGUAACGGUAACGAGCAGCCUGAGAUGGGUAGCUACCAGUUGAGCCGGCUUUACCCGAUGCAUAGAGUACGGAGCAGUCCUAACAUCUCACAGCAGCCGCAUAACUAUCACCACCACAGUGCUUACUUUCAGCCACCUAAUUACUUGACUUGUAGGCUGCGCCCACCACCACCACCACCUCCGCCGUUAGAUUUCCCUAGAGGCGCAGGCUGGGGGGAUCCACAGGGUGGGGGUAACGGAAAGUACGGGUGCAAUGAGGAACGUAGGUUCUGGGGGAGAGCAAGCAGUGUUCCUCAUAGUCCUAGGAACCAUGGAUUUCGUCUCUGAUAUUUCUGCUUAACAUUUGCAACCAUCUGUGUAUAUAUAUGGUCUUUUGUUUUGUUGUUUUACAGUUUCGACAUCUGUAGUGUUCUUCUCUGCGCCUGCAAUAUGGCUGCAGACGAAGUUUACCAAAGGCUCCAAGAGAUUCGGUUCUAUUGUAGAUGUUUUGUAAAGCUGAAAAGAAUUACUUAUUUGUUUAAGGACA